ACGUUGACCGUGUUCCAGCUUACGUUGUGUUCAUAAAUCAGAAGCAACUCUCUACCUACAGCAUCCUAAUCUGUAGUCAUACUCGAAACUCGCUCUAACUCGGUGUUGCCUGCCGAGUGAACGAUCGAUAGUCCAUUUGGACGCUUACACUAUCCUCUAUACAUGGUUCCGCUCCCUCAUGAUAUCAAACAGUAGCAUGUAUCCUCCUAGUCAUGCCAAAUGCGAUCAUGAGCCAUCGCUGUUGCAAGUACCCGCAGAAACGCAGAAACGCAAGGUGCAGUCUUUCAACAUACGCACGGAAUUCAAGGCAAUGCACGACAUGGCUGAACUUCGCGUCGGCGCCGAAGCCGUGCGCUUCGUUAUCCACCGUAACAUCCUCACCCAUCACUCGACCUUCUUCCGCGCCGCCCUCAACGGCGCGUUCGCCGAAGGCCUCUCGCAAACCGUCACCCUCCCCACCGAAUCCCUCGACACCUUCGAGCUCUUCCUCCACUGGGCGUACACAUGUACUCUCGACCCAAAGGCCUACUUCAAAGACGCAAAACCCGCAUACUAUGUCCUGCUCCACCUCUACGGCCUCGCCGACCGCCUCGCCGUCGAAGGCCUGCGCAACCUCGUCCUAGAUACCAUCUCCAGCCUCGCCGACCAGACAAAUUCUGUCCUCACGCCCUCGGACACCUUCAUCCUCUACGACACGAUCCCUUCCUCCGCCCCGAUCCGCAGACUCGUCCUCGAUCUCUUCGCAUUCAAGAAGACCGAUAAGCUACUCGACGAGCAUCCGGAUGAAUGGCAUCCGCAGUUCACCCGUGACCUGGUCGUCAAAUUGAAGCGUCCCGAGGAGGUUGCCAUGCAGCGGCAUACGCUGAUCACCUGGAAGCCGGAGCACUGGCAGGAAUCCAUGGGCUGUGCGAUAUGUUCCGAGGUGCUGCAUCCGUAUGGGAAUCAUGUGGGGUGUAGCGGGUGUGAAAAAAAAUUCUGCAAUCGGUGUGCCAAGGCGAAGAGGGCGUUGUGUGUGUUUGAGGAUGGCCGGGUCGUAUGUAAGCCCUGGAACGGUAAGGUGAGGUGUCGAAUCUAUCAUGAGCAUGUCGAGACGGCGGAGUGUCCAUAACGGAGGGAGUGGAACUUGGUCAGAUUUGAUUAUCCGAGAACGGAAAUGUACAUAACGUGCACCAUAGCGCUGCGGGUUUGCAUAGCGAGUGUUACUUCUUUACAACAAACACCACACAGUUAAAUGCAC